AUGGAGACCAAGAUUGCAUGCGUCACGAUGAUACCGCUCUUACUUCUUCUCAUUAGCGUUCUCCCUAUCGACACGCGCCAGAAGUGCCUUCACCGUGUGCGCAUAGACUGGGACCAAUUCUCACAACGUCUAAUUGACGAAGAGCAAUUCCACAAGUGCUACAAGAUGUCGUACUCGUCUUUCAUGGCGCUCGCAGAAAAGCUCGAGCCGUAUCUGCUGGUGGACGAACGGCAAUCGCGUAAUUCGGACGGGCACAGAGCCGAUAACGCAUGUCAAUAA